GAUAUAUUUCUACCGUCCGAAUUCGGUUUUUCGACAAACAUUCACUGACAGCAAAUUACAUAAAAAUUAUGUCUCUGUUGUUAGCAAUCAGCCAUUGAUUUAAAAGUCUUACAUUUGCAAGUCAGAUCUUUAUGGAGUUACGACCUGAAAGCCACUAAAAUGGUUGAAUUGAAGAGUAGCGUACCCGGACUGGUAUACCCAUCGGGCCGCAACGCUUUCCUUGGAACUAGUUUUGGUUUUCUCGAAGGAAGACGAAAAGACGACGGUGCAGAAGGCUUCUGGAGAAUUAAUGAUUGUCUCUAUGAUUUAGAAGAUUUCGUUAAAAAUCAUCCGGGAGGGACUGAAUGGAUUACCAUGACUAAAGGCACCGACAUUACUGAAGCUUUUGAGGUUCAUCAUUUGUCCGACAAAGCUGAGCGAUUGUUGCCAAAGUUUUUCGUUCGGAAAGCAGUGACACCACGUUCCAUACCAUUCACAUUCGAGCCAAAUGGAUUCUAUCGAAAGUUUAAAAUGCGAGUACGAGAAGCACUGAAAAAUGUUGAUUACCACAAACCAUCCACACGGUCCAAGUUGAUUGCUGACUCUCUUUUCUUACUAACAAUACUCUCAGCGGUUACCGUCGCUGUUUUUAAGUCUUGGCCCCUCAUUAUCAUAAGCGGACUAUUCUUGACGUGGACGGCAGUCGCGGGACACAAUUUUUUCCACAUGAGAGACAACUUUAGAAUGUGGUACUUCGACUUAUCUCUCAUGUCGUCAAAAGAAUGGCGAGUAUCACAUGGUCUCAGUCAUCAUUUGUAUGCGAAUACACUUUGGGAUAUGGAGAUUUACGUUAUCGAGCCCUUCAUCGAAUUCUUGCCAAAGACCGGAAAACGAACUAUUCAUCGUCUGUUCUCAUUAGUAGUUCAUGUUCCUUUGUAUUUCUUUACCUUGUUCGGCAAUGGUAUCAAAAGAUAUUACUCUUCUUAUGCUUUAUGGAAGAAGUUUGAGGUCCGUGAUUUAGUGCCAUUUUCUAUACCAGUUUUAAUGUGUUUUUUUGCUUCGUCAGCUUUCGAGGCUGUUAAACUUUGGCUGUGCAUUAUUAUAGUUUCUAGUUUAGUUUUUUCUUUUAUUGGAUUCACAGCAGCACAUCAUCACCCGGAAAUAUUUCAUGACGGUGAUGUUUACAGAAAAGAUUUAGACUGGGCUUUAAUGCAACUCGACGCCGUUCGUGAUCGCAAUGUUGUCGAUGACUCUCUAUUCCUUGUGUUGACGUAUUUUGGAUCACACGCGCUUCAUCAUCUUCUACCAACCGUUGACCACGCGUAUCUCGAGCUUUGCAUACCAGCAUUCAAUGAAACUUGCCGCGAAUUUGGUGUCCAUACUGAAAGACUCAGUCAGUGGGAACUUAUCAAAGGCCAGUACAAACAGAUGAUGCGUAACGAACCGAGAAUUAAUUAUCGUGGUGGUCAAAACUAAUUGAAGCUUCUGUCCAACUAAAUCUUCCAACUAAAUAUAUUUUAAAAUCAAAUAAUCAAUAGAUCAUUAAUACCUAUAUUACGAUGAAUUAUAUCCUACAAAAAAAUAUGUAUAUAUAAAAUUAACCAAAGACGCACGAGUUUGAGUGCAUAAUCGGUUUAAUUAUAAGCUAAGCCUGUUGGGUAUUGACUCUGAUUGCUGAGAUAUAAUCUGAUGUUUAAACAUGCUAUUCCAAGAUGAGGUUCAUAUUUUGGUUGAUUUUUUAUUGAAUAAAUAAGAAAUUAAUAAAAGAGUUAUUAUCAAAAAGAAUGGAAUAUUUUACU